AUGGUCCGUAAACUCAAGCAUCAUGAGCAGAAGCUUCUGCGAAAAGUAGAUUUCACAACCUACGCAUCGGACAAUAAUCAUCGAGAUGCGGCUGUUAUACGAAGAUAUGCGAUCCAGAAACCUGGAGAUUAUCAGAAAUACAAUAGACUAUGUGGUUCUCUCCGCCAACUUGCCCACAAGCUUACACUUCUUCCUCCCGAUUCUCCAGCCCGUCUAAAGCAUGAACAGCUCCUCCUCUCUAAGCUUCACGACAUGGGAAUUCUUCCUUCAACCGCUUCCACAUCCAAACUUUCUUCUGUUGAAUCGCACGUUACUGUUUCCGCAUUUCUGUCGAAGACGUUUACCCGGUUGUAA